AUGAGUAAUAAGGAGUUACACACCAAGCCAUUAGGGGGUUACAAAUAUUUUGAGGAGUAGCAAUGAGUUUGACCAAAACCAAACCCAAUCUGACCGAGGAACACCCUUAGGUCCCAUAAUAUCAGUAGCGCCUCAGACGCUGAGGUAACACUGCCACCGCCUCCAAAUGAUUCACUGCCACCGUCUCAGAGCUCUUCUCAACUCCCCAAAAUGUUGUUGUUACCUCCUUCAUCUACAUCCACGCCGCUCUCUCAACAACCUUUUCUUCUCCACCGCCAUUUCAGAUUCAGAUCAACCAUCUUUCACAGUUUCCUACCUCACCAACAAUUUCGGCUUAUCUUCACAAGAUGCUCUCAAAGCAUCUAAACGACUUCGUUUCAACACCCCGGAUAAACCCGAUACUGUUAUUGCCUUUUUCAAAACCCAUGGUUUCUCCAUUGAUCAGAUACAAUCCAUCAUCCGCAGGGAUCCCCUGGUUUUCGUCUCAAACCCCAUCAAAUCCAUUUUGCCAAAGCUUCAAUUUUUAGCUUCCAAAGGCGUUUCUCCAGAACACAUAAUCGUCACUGUUGCCAGAAACCCUCGUUUCCUUCGUGUAAGCCUCAACAAACACAUUAUCCCUACUUUUGAAUUGGUAAGAAGUUUCUGUCCCUCUGAUAAGAAAGCUAUUGAUUGUGUAAUUGCAUUUCCUGCUACAAUUAGUGAUGGUCGCAUGAAACCCAAUUUGAAAUUCUUGCUUGAUACUGGUGUCACUCGUUCAAGUAUUUACCGUUUACUUACUAGCAGACCUUCUGUAAUUUUUUCAUCUGUUUUGAGGACGGCUGUGGAGGAGAUUAAGGAAUUAGGGUUUCAUCCUUCUAGUUACAAUUUUUGUGUCGCAUUGUUGGCCAAAAAGGCCAUCACUAAAUCCCAAUGGGAUUCCAAAGUCGAUGCCUUGAAGAGCUGGGGUUAUUCUGAAGAUGCAAUUUUAACUGCAUUUAAAAGAGGGCCUAACCUUAUGCUACGGUCUUUGGACAAACUCAAUGCGGUGAUGCGUUUUUGGAUCCAACAACUUGGUUGGGAUCCUUUAUUGCUCCUGGCAGCACCAGAGCUUUUCGGACUUAGUAUAGAGAAAAGGCUUAGUCCAAGGGCUUCAGUUAUCCGGUAUCUUCUUUCCAAAGGUUUGAUGAAGAAGGAUGCUAGCUUAACUGCACCAUUUUAUUUGACUGAUGAGGUGUUCCUGCAAAGGUAUGUGAAUCGUUUUGAGGAGGAAGCAUAUUGUCUAUUAGAGCUAUAUCGGGGGGAGGAUGCUAGCAUCUGCUGACUGCUGCUUUGAUAAGUUGUGAGUGCAUAUUUUGGUGUAACUAUAUAAAUGAGGUGGGAUUAGAACAAUGCUUGAAUAUCUAACAUAAAUGAGGUGGGAUUGGGGAGCAAGAAAGUAAACAUAUCAAAUGUCUUUUCCCAUAUGUUGGCAAUUCUAAUAAACCAAAAUAGAAUCGAAAAAUAUUAGAAAUGCAUAUAGUGUACCUUAAAAUUCGUACCUGGCAAUUGUUCUUCGAUUAUGUGGAACAAAUGGAUAAUGAAAUUCAUGUUGUUUCAUUAUAUAAUAACUAUAUGUUGCUAAAAAUUAUAUGGGCUGAAGCACACAUAUUUGGCACAAUAGUGUUCUGCUUAGCAUUGAGUGUUAGGCUAUACAGAUCCAAUAGGAAAAUAAAUUUAUUUUCACAGAGUAGAAGGUUAUGACAAGCGUAUAAUUUUGACAGUAUGAUGAAGAGUGGUUACACUUUCACGAUACAAUACAUGAUUAAAAAUUUAUAAUUAUCAGCCGGAAAAUUGAGGUCGCUCUACUUGUAGAAAAGGUGAUACAAAUUUUUCUAAGGUGGCUUGGGUAUGUGCAGAGAAGUCCUGUGGAAGCACUGCCGAGAGUGAUUGACCAGAUUGAAAAAUUUCUGAUUAUUAGCUGUAGAGAGAGACCACAAAAAACCAUUCAGUUGAAUUAUUGAGAGAUUUACAGGGAAACAGUCUAUCUGAUAAGCCUGUCACGCCUGUAUGUACAAGAGGGGUGAAUGGAGGGGAGAGAGAGAGACAGAAAGAGGGAAUAACAAGAGUGGACAUGUAUGAGAAUGAGAAUGGUGGAGAGGGAUGCUAGAAUGAUGCAUGGAGAGGUAAAUAUUGUGAGAUAUUUUUAUAGCAAACAAGGGCACCGUGAGAUGUAUGAAAGAACGAGAUGUAUCUUUUGGCUGGGCAACUCUGAAAAAGGGGUGUAGGGUUCCAAUUCAAUUUUUUAAUAUACCCUGCAACAAAAUUCAUCUUUCUAGUUCAGUGAUUUUAGUAUCAAUGCAAUUCACUUUUCCUUUUCAUAUUUUGGUUCCUAUCACUAUCCUUAGACUUUAUUCAUGAUAGGACAUUAUGAUCUGGUUUGACUUGUAUAGCCGUGUCGUCCAUCGUGGAACAAAAGGCUUUAUUUUUUGUAUAUAAGUAAGGCUUUCUUUAUAUUGGUAGGCACAUAUUAUUACAAAUUUAAAGUAUUGAGAAAAGCAGAUAUGUCAAAGUACCUUCAGGAACCACACCUAGUAAAUUGAGCUGUAUUGUUCAUGAAGAAGUUAAGACUAUUGAUUGUUAAUUUGUGUUUGAGUAAUUGUCAAGAUCCUUAGACUAUUGCUGUAACAAAAUUGAAUGCCCCUUAUCACAA